AUGCUCACAAGGGGCGAAAGUGGCCCGAGCUCGCAGCUUAUUCGGGGGUCUGGUACGGCCAGAUUUCUGGACUCUCACGUCCGCAUUCACUUGCAGUCGCUCCUUCAAAACAAUACAACAGACAAGAUGCCUCCCAAAUCCACCAAGGACAAGUACUCGGUACUUUUGCCUACGUACAAUGAGCGCCGCAACCUGCCCAUAAUAACCUGGCUCCUCAACAAGACGUUCACCGAGAACAACCUGGAUUGGGAACUCAUCAUCGUUGAUGACGGUUCCCCCGAUGGCACGCAAGAGGUAGCCGCUCAGCUCCAGAAAGUCUACACCGCCCAGCGCAUCCAGAUCCGCGCGCGCGCCGGCAAACUUGGACUCGGUACUGCAUACGUCCACGGUCUACAAUACGCCACCGGAAACUAUGUUAUCAUCAUGGACGCCGAUUUCUCGCAUCACCCUAAAUUCAUCGCCGAGAUGGUCAAGGUCCAGAAGACCAAGAACUACGAUAUCGUAACUGGUACUCGCUAUGCGGGUGAUGGCGGUGUAUAUGGCUGGGAUUUGAAGAGGAAGUUCGUAUCCAGGGGCGCCAACCUUUUCGCCGACACGGUCCUGAGACCGGGCGUCAGCGAUUUGACUGGUAGCUUCAGGUUGUACAAGAAGGCGGUAUUGGAGAAGGUCAUCAGGAGCACCGAAAGCAAAGGAUACACAUUCCAGAUGGAGAUGAUGGUUCGCGCAAAGGCUAUGGGCUGCACUGUUGCGGAGGUGCCUAUUAGUUUUGUGGAUCGUCUGUAUGGCGAAAGCAAACUAGGCGGCGACGAGAUCGUCGAAUAUGCCAAGGGAGUGCUGAACUUGUGGAUGAAGGUUUGA